CUUAGCGGAGAAUUGAAGCCACCGCCCACCGGACCUGGCGCACCGCGCACGACACCAAAGUACCAAACGCUUGGGAGCUUUGGACUCUACACCGCGCAUAGAUCGUGGGCAUCGCGACACCUCACCUGCCCCCCUGCGGCCGCCGUCUCUCCUCGCCGGUUACCCCUUGCUGCCCGCUCCCCUGCGCCUCGCCUUUCUCGCCCUCUUUCCGCCUUUCUCACACGUGCCCGCCUUCUCCGCCCCUCUCCUCACCAGCGGUGGCGUCGACCGGCAGCGGCGUUCAACUGCGCCCCACGAGCAGGUUUCUUGGCCCCGUCGACUUCCAGUGAGUUCAGUUUAGCUCAGUAAGCAUCUGAUCAACUUCGAGGUGCCAGACAGAUCCUAUGCUGCCUUACUGGGAUGAAAGGUGGCUGUCUGCAUAGGCUCCUUGUCCACAAGCUAUGCUUUGGCCUGAGUAUUCUCACUGUGCCGAUUAUUGUUCUGUUACUGGAAGGAGCCCCAGUACUCACUAUCUUCAGCCCAACACCAGGGCAAUUAAAAGUUCUCUCUCAAGGUUUUCUACAUCAGCAGGAGCAGGAACAUCUUGGAGAUGAUGGAGCAACCCUAGCUGGAUCUCCAGGUCCAGCUUCCAGGAGCCGCUCGCAAAAAAGUAGGGGCAAAGUGAUGAAAAAUUGCAACUACGCAAAGGGGAAGUGGAUAGAAGAUGAUAAGCGGCCGCUGUACUCUGGUAAUGAGUGCAAACAAUGGCUGUCAAAAAUGUGGGCUUGUCGAAUGAUGCGGCGCACACAUUUCUCUUAUGAGAAUUACCGGUGGCAACCACAUGACUGUGAGAUGCCUGAGUUUACAGGGCCUAAGUUCUUAAAAAGGAUGAGAAACCGAACUCUUGCUUUUGUUGGUGAUUCACUUGGCAGACAACAAUUUCAGUCAAUGAUGUGUAUAGCAACUGGUGGCAAAUACAGUCCAGAGGUUGAAGAUGUUGGUUGGAAAUAUGGCCUUGUCAAAGCCCCAGGUGCUCUAAGACCUGACGGGUGGGCUUAUAGAUUUUCGUCCACCAACACAACUAUCCUUUUCUACUGGUCUGCUACUCUGUCUGAAUUGGAACCUCUGAAUACAGAACACACAGUUACCAGAUAUGCAUUGCAUCUUGAUCGACCAGUUACAUUUUUGAAGGAGUAUCUUAAUGACUUUGAUGUCCUAGUACUUAACACUGGCCAUCACUGGAACAGAGGGAAAUUCAAUGGAAAUCACUGGGAAUUGCAUGCUGACGGGAAGCCUGUAGGCAAUGGUAGUAGACUCGCAGACCUAAACCGUGCAAAAAAUCUUACAUUGUAUAGCAUUGCUAGAUGGAUGGAUUCAGAACUCACACGGCAUCCUAAGAUGAAAGUUUUCCUCAGGACAAUUUCACCAAGGCACUUUGUAAAUGGUGACUGGAACACAGGUGGAACAUGUGGAAAUACUGUCCCCUUUACUAAUGGAAGUGAAGUGUUGCAGGAUCAUUCAAUUGAUAUACCCGCAGAAAAUGCUGUGAAGGGAACUCGGGUUAAGCUUUUGGAUAUCACUGCUAUCUCAAAACUACGGGAUGAGGGGCAUAUCUCAAACUCUAGUUUCAAAAAGGCUUCCACCGGAAUUAAUGAUUGCUUGCACUGGUGCUUACCUGGUAUACCAGACAUGUGGAAUGAGCUUCUCUUUGUACAGAUUUAGUAUCACCCUCUGGUUAGGCAGAUCUUUUUCAGAGCCCCAAGGAUCUCCGCUGUUCAUAGCAUAGAAGUAAAGUUUAUGGAAUUUUGGGUCGCCCAUAUGGAGGUGUUCACAAGAUGAUACUAUUGAUUUCUAUGAAGUACGAAAUUUACAGUGUGGAACAGAUUAUUCCAACUUCCUUUCGGAGCAGAGUAGAUGGAGGUGUUGCCCAGCCCAAUCUGACUAUCGAGUAUUCUUCAGGCACGUUGAACUUUGUUUCUACUUUUACCUUACUGUAAAACCCUACCACGGUUUACCAUGUGCAGCAUAUAUCCUUCAGAAAAAUGUUCAUACCUGUUGGUCGUAAUUAUAUUUGUUCAUUCAGAUGAAAUUAAAACUUCAACAUCCGAUUGAUUUGUCAUUUGUGUGAGCUCAAAGGCUUCACUCUUGUCUGUGUAACAUUUUCAGUGAUAGAUGACCUGAUAUACCAUGCAUCUUAUACCUAUAUGACACACCUAGGGCCCGGACGGACGACCUCGUCUGGAUGUAGCCCGUGCGAAAUGGGGGACCGCAUGGGCGCAUGGCAUGUGAAAGGAGGCCAGUGCUGCCAGCUUACCGCGACGACUGAUUCGUUAUUCGAGUUAUUUACAAGUACCUAAUAUAUCUAGAUGAUACAUUUGCAACAUGCAUCAAAAUUUGCUGAAACAUUUCGAAUGUGUUUGUAACAUAAGUAUAGUUAUUACAAUAGACUCCCUCGGUUCGUUUUUUA